UUUUAAUUCUCUUGGCAGUUUUCCCCCCUUCAAAUAUGUGUGUGUUUAUAUAUGUAACUAAUUAGUACAGGCUUACACAUGCCACAGUGUAGAGGUCAGAGGACAGCCUGUAGGGUUCUGGGCAGUUACUCCCAUUUUGCCUUAUAAACACUGGAAUUACAGAUAAGUGCUUCCUGAUCUGGCUUUUUAUGUGGUUCAGAGAUCAUCGGGGUUUUAGCAAGCACUUAUACUCCAUUGAGCAGUCUCUUCAGUCCUGGUUUUCUGCAGUUUCUUUUUAUAAAACAGUAGUUUUUAAUUUGGAUUUAGUUCAGUUUAUCAAUCCUUUGUAUAGUGAACUUGAGCCUUUGGUAUUAUAUCUAAAACGUCAUGACAAAAUCUAGGGUUACCUUCUAUGUCUUCUAGAAGUUUUAUAAUCUUGAGUUUUGUGUUUAAGUCUGAUUAAUUUUAAUUUUUAAUAAAAUUUAGAAUGUGUGUGUCUGUCUGUCUGUCUCUGUGGCAUAGGGGGGCACAGACAGAGCCUGGGCGGCAUGGAGUCUUUGCCAUGGUGUUCAUGUGUAGGUCUUAGGACAACUUUGUACAGUCCUUCACCUUCAUGUGGAUUUUGAGAUUGUCAUUCUUGUGUAGCAAUCACCUUUACUUGCUGAACCAUUUUACCAUCCCAUUUUGAGUUAAUUGUUAUGCUAAGUCUGUUUCUUGCAGUGUGGAGAUCCAGUUAGCUGGGCAUGGCACACAUCUUAAGUCCCAGAACUUGGGAGGCAGAUGCAGACCCAUAGCAAUUCAAGGCUAGCCAGGGCUACAUAAUGAGAUCUUACCUCAAAAAAGAAAAAAAAAAAAUACACGUUUUAUUUCAUUUAGCUUUGUGAAAUGUACUGGACAACAUUCUAAAGUUUACCUUGGUUUAUCUUAGUGUAUGGCCCUUGUGGAAGUUGCUUACAAUAACUUAUUUGCAACUCUUCUCUAUUUCUGUCUUCUCACUUGGAGCACUUACUGUUCUCAGCUCUCUUCCUCACUAGGAAAUGAACGUUCAUUACUACUAGCAAACACCAGACGCAGUCUGCCUGUCUUUCCUCUCAUACCAUUUGAUACCUAACCCAAGACACUUAAGGAAUAAUGGCUACAUUGAAGCCCUUUCCCUGGAAGUAUCAUCUAGACUGUCACAGCCAUCUUCUCCUCAGUCAAGCUGCCCAUCCCCCACCAUUCCAGCAAGUAAAGUCAUUUCCCCAUCACAGAAGCACAGCAAAAAGGCAUUAAAGCAGGCCCUGAAGCAACAACAACAGAAGAAGCAGCAGCAGCAGCAGCAGCAAUGCAGGCCAAACAUGUCCAUCUCCAAUCAGCACCUCUCUCUCAAGACUGUCAAAACAGCCAGUGACUCUGUACCUGCCAAACCUGCCCUAUGGGAAGGAAAGCAAUCUGAUGGACAGUCAAGCAGUCCCCAGAACUCAAAUUCCAGCUUUUCUUCCUCAGUGAAAGUGGAAAGUUCUCUGCUAGGCUUGGGGAAGAAGUCUUUGCAGAGGUCUGACAGACUCCACACAAGACAAAUGAAAAGGACUAAAUGUGCUGACAUUGAUGUUGAGACUCCUGAUUCCAUUCUGGUUAAUACUAAUCUUCGAGCGCUGAUCAACAAGCACACCUUUUCAGUUCUUCCUGGUGACUGCCAGCAGCGCCUGCUUUUGUUGCUUCCAGAGGUGGACCGACAGGUUGGUCCAGACGGCUUGAUGAAGUUGAAUGGCUCAGCCCUUAACAAUGAGUUCUUCACUUCAGCAGCUCAGGGCUGGAAGGAAAGGCUCUCAGAAGGUGAAUUUACCCCUGAAAUGCAGGUGAGAAUUCGACAAGAGAUUGAGAAAGAGAAAAAAGUAGAGCUGUGGAAGGAACAAUUCUUUGAAAGUUACUAUGGUCAGAGUUCUGGCCUAAGCCUUGAAGAUUCACAGAAACUGACAGCUUCCCCAAGUGAUCCCAAAGCAAAUAAAUCCCCAGCUGAACAACCAAAAUCCAUUCUUCCUUCAGAGGCCUCUCCUGUCAGCAUCCUCCCAGUGUUUCCUCAGUCAGAAUGUAAGGAAGGAGCAGUGCGAAUACCAUCACCACUCAAAAAAGAGAGCCAAGAUGAGGCCAGGCCAAUCUCUCAAUCCCCAGAAACUGUUCUUGCAUUGGCUAGCAAUACAAAUGAGCUUAUCACCGUGAAACCCAUCAAGAGCCCUAAGGAUGAGGGUCUCUUAGAGCAGAAACCAGUUGCCUCUGCUGAACAAGAAUCUGAGAAAGAAAAUCAUGUCACCACAUCUAGUAGUAACGAAAGUGAGAACCAAGAAGCGUUAGCUAUAUCCCCAAGCAAACCUAAAAAUGCCGGCUUUGAAAAACCCACCAUAAAGCCUGCAGGAGCCAGUCCACUGGGCCCUGAUAUGCAGGUGCCUCCAGCACCUGUUAGCGACCACAUCCCAGAGAGUCUCAAGAGGAAAGCUGCUCUGACCCAAGAAGAGGCCACUAGCAGCUGGGAGAAAAGACCACGGAUCACUGAGAAUCGCCAACACCAGCAGCCAUUUCAGGCCUCCCCACAGCCCUUUCUUAAUAGAGGGGACAGGGCCCAAGUGCGAAAAGUCCCACCUCUUAAGAUCCCUGUCUCCAGAAUCUCCCCGAUGCUGUUUUCUACAUCGCAGGUCUCUCCCAGGGCUCGUUUUCCAGUCUCCAUCACUAGUCCUUACAGAACAGGAGCCAGAACUCUGGCAGACAUCAAAGCAAAAGCCCAGUUGGUCAAAGCACAAAAGGCAGCAGCCGCAGCAGCAGCUGCAGCAGCUGCAGCCGCCUCAGUUGGAGGGACCAUUCCAGGACCUGGCCCCGGGGGUGGACAAAGUCCAAGAGAGGGUGGUGAAAGGAAACCCGCCGGAGGAGGGAGUGCAGGCUCAGGCCCAGUCAGUACAAAUGGAAACGGUCCCGCACUGGAACUGGCCGGAACUGGAAGCAGGGGAGGUACGAGAGAACUUUUACCCUGUGGUCCCCAACCUGAGACCAAUACACCAGGCCAAGCACAGCCUCCUGGUGUCUCUGGAGCACAACUACAGCAAACCUCCUCAGUGCCUGCAGGACUUGCCGCCAGUGGAACAUGCACAAGUGUCCCAUUACCAGCCCACAUAGAAAUGUCAAACAGGGAAAAACCAAACCCCCACAGGGCAACAGCCACAGCAGCCUCUCCUUGCCACUCGCAAGAACCCAGGAGUUGCAGACUUGAGAGAGCUCUGUCUCCAACAGGACCUCCACUGAUCUCAGGAGCCUCACCUGUUUGUUUUGUAGCUGAUGGCACAGUUGAGCCCAAAGCAGGUUCUAAUAAGAAUGCACCAAAGCCUUCAGCCUUAACAAAGACAACUGCUUCUGCUCCACUAGAUAUGACUUCCUCUCCUGUAACGUCUUUAUUGACAACAGCCAGUUUAGAAAAACUCCCUGCACCCCAGAUCAGUGGAACUGCAACAUCUACUGGCUCAGCGCCAUCCUCAAGCACUUUGCCGGUGGCUUCUAGCCUUAACACCCCAGGAACAUCUGCAAAUAUGAAUGGACCCGUUUCACGACCAAGCUCUAGUAUCCCUGCUAACAACCCGUUAGUUACUCAGCUGCUCCAGGGCAAAGAUGUUCCCUUGGAGCAAAUUCUGCCUAAACCUCUCACCAAAAUUGAAAUGAAAACAGUUCCACUGCGUACAAAGGAGGAAAGGGGGAUAGGGGUGUUCCCUGGCACCAGUGUGGUGGAAGGUAGCAGCAGAGAGGACGUUAGUGGCAGGCAGGCCCAUCUGGCCAUCCAGCAGCUGGGGAAACCCUUGCAAAGCAAGCAGCUUUCCCAGGCUCCAAGGCCAGUUUGCCCUGCUAAGGACCGGAAGGACCCCUGCAUUGACACUCACCAGUACCAAGAAGGCCUAAGUAAGACAACGCAAGGUCAGCUCUUUCAGACUCUUAUCCAGAGGGCUCAAAGACAGAGUGUUCUUUCAUUUGUGCCACCCACUCAGUUCAACUUUGCUCACUCAGGUUUCCACUUGGAAGACAUCUCCACAAGCCAGAAGUUCAUGCUGGGUUUUGCUGGCAGAAGGACAUCCAAGCCUGCAAUGGCAGGUCACUAUUUACUUAAUAUUUCCACUUAUGGCCGGGGAACAGAUGGCGUUAAGAGGACCCAUUCUGUAAAUCCUGAGGAACGGUUUUGUCUAAGCAGCCCCACCGAGGCCUUGAGAGUGGGACAUGCAGAUUGUAAAAACACCACUGGAGAAAGCAGUAGCAGCAAAGAAGAGGAGAGUGAUGAGGAUAGUGUGGGAGAUGAACAGGAGUCGGUAUCAGUGAAGGAGGAGCCCUGGGCUCCCCACAGUGGGGACGCUCCAUCCACCAAUGAUUGUUUAGCUAGCAAGACUGGGAAGACUGAGGUACCAGUGAAUGAGCAGACUACUUUAGGCAAGGAGAAUUACAUAUUAUCUAGAGGCCAAACAUUUGAUGAAAAGACCCUAGCCAGAGAUUUUAUUCAGGCAACACAUAAACAAAUGGCUCAUGCUGUGAGAGGUAAGACAGUAUGUAGCAGCCCUGAGCUUUUUAAUUCUACUGCUCUUUCUCUCCCUGCAGACAGUCCCACACAUCAGCCUCUACUCCUUCCACCACUGCAAACCCCCAAAUUGUAUGGAAGCCCCACACAGAUAGGACCCAGCUAUAGAGGCAUGAUCAAUGUUUCCACCUCAUCAGACAUGGACCAUAACUCUGCUAUACCAGGCAGCCAGGUAUCUAGCAAUGUAGGGGAUGUCAUGUCGUUUUCAGUGACUGUCACUACCAUCCCUGCUAGCCAAGCAAUGAAUCCCAGCAGCCAUGGCCAGACAAUUCCUGUUCAAACUUUUCCUGAUGAGAAUAGUAUCGAGGAUACACCUUCAAAAUGCUACUGCCGAUUGAAAGCCAUGAUCAUGUGUAAAGGAUGUGGGGCCUUCUGCCAUGAUGAUUGCAUUGGCCCCUCCAAACUGUGUGUCUCCUGCCUUGUCGUUCGGUAAUAAGAUGACAGCGUAUGUAAGGAGGGGAGGGUAGGCUUAAAAAGACGUGUUCUUGCACCCUUUUUAAAUCACAGAAAUAAAGUUUCAGUUGUCUCAAGAGACAUUAAUCAGGAAUGCAGAAUGCAGGUCUUGACAUUUACAGGAAGAGCACCUUGUAUAGUAGGUCUGAGUCAAAUAGGACUGAAUUGGUGACAAAGUUUGCACUUACAAAAUCAUGUAAAUAUGUCACAUUUUGUUUUAACAUUUUUUUCAAAGUAUUUAGGUAAUGAUGUGUUAACUUUACAUUCAGAUUUAUUUUCCAUUUCUUUUGACUCUGUUCAUGGUAUGCAUGGUAAAAGGAAGCUGUCUGCCUCUGACCUUUCCUAGGGCUCCAAGGAAAGCUAGGAAGUGCCCAUCGUACUGAUUGUCUUCACAAACUGGUGCGGUCAGGUUCUAAACAAAUAAGAUGACUUUUGUGGGGUUUAGAUUCAGGGUUUGCUCAUCCCUUUACUUUAGAUGGAACCAUUUUCAGUGGAAUUUUCAAAAGGUAUUAACAUCCCAGACAGUGUUUUUGACCCUAACAGUCCUGGCUUAGCUUUUGGCUUCCAUGAAUCAGUACUGUAGUUAAGCAGAGCUCUGCUGUUAAGGUUCUGCUUCUAAGGGACUCACUAUGUUAGACUAGGGUGUGCACGGCAGUAGCUGCAGCAGUAAUGCAUCCCAACAUUGCAUCCUUCACAGGCUCCCAGAGACACGCCAGGCGUGCGUGUGUGUGUGUGUGUGUGUGUGUGUGCGCGCGUGCGCGUGUGUACACUAAGUGUUGGAAAAGGAAUGAAAUUGAAGAAACGGAGACUUCAAGGAAUUUGGAAGACUGGUUUUGACACUGGACAGAAAAUAGUCUUUUCAUAGUCUCUCAAACCAUUUUAGGUAGAAAAGUCUUUGGUACUUCUUUGGCAUCCAGAGCAUCAGAGAUGGAUGCGGCAACCUUAUGCCAUCCUAUCAUAAUACAUUUUUGCACCCACACACAGUACAAGAAGCAGUUUGCUGUUUUAGAAAGUGAAUCUACUAUCCUAGAAUUUGAGCUGUCUGGACAGCCAGGAUGCCUACCCAGAACGGGCAUUGUGAGUGACUAAUGGAAUGUGAGGUUUUACUGUCUUUCUUCUGAUUUUUGUUUUUAAAAUCCUCCCAGCACUCUGGAGGCAGAGGCAAACCAGUCUCUAAGUUCAGGGCAGAGAAGCCCUGUCUCAAAAAACAAAAACAGAACAAACCCUAAAUAAAUAAAAGAAGUAAGAACACAAGGGGCUGAAGAGAUGGCUCAGUGGUUAAGAGCAUUGACUGACCUACAGAGGUCCUGAGUUCAGUUCUCAGCAACCACAUGGUGACUCACAACCAUGUAUAAUGUGAUCCGAUGCCCUCUUCUGGUGUCCCUGAAGACAGUGGCAGUGUACUCACAUAUAGAAAAUAAAUAUUUUUAAAAA